AUGAAUAAAUAUUUCAUAAAUAAUCCUCUACCAUACCAUCAAAUUUACAACACCAAUUAAGGUGAAAAUAACAUAAAAAAGAAUUAAGAAUUCGAUGGAAAUUUUUCUUAUGCUUAAUUAAAUGAAAUACAAAUUCCUAUUCCUAAUUUUGUUGAAAAUACAAUCAUAUAGUAAUUACAAAAUGCUGUAAAAUAAGUUGAAAGAUAAGUUAAUGAUUAUUUGUAAAAGAAAAAUUCAUAGGAAAUUUUAAACAUGAUAAACAAAGAAUUCAUUAAAAGAAAUGAAUCUUUUAUUGACAAGUAUUAUAAAAAACCUCAAUAGUUGAAUUAAGAAAAAGAAGUAGGGCUCAAAGUACCUGACAACUUUAUUGAAGAAUAGAAAAAUUAAAGUCCUAUACUAGUUGAAACAGAUGAUACAAAUACAUUUAAAGAAAUUAAAAAAUAAAAAAAUUCAAAAUAAUCUUAACUUAACAAAGGUUUAAUUUAGAAAGGCCAAAUUCAUAACACAAAUUAAUUAAAUAGCUAUGAGGAUGAUUUGAAAACAUUAUUAGAGUAAUCAAUAAUCUACAGCUAACAAAAUAAAGAAAGAAUAUAGUCAGACAUUAAGCAAUAAUUAAAUUAAAUUAAAGAAUAAGAAAACAGUAACAAAACAAUUAUCCAAAACCAUUACUUAUAUAGUGAAGUUGACUAUCAAAUAAAUGAAGAGUAGUUAAAUAAAAUUAUGCAAACUGUUGAUAAGUUUGGCUUAGAUAGGUGUUAAGUGUAGCAAAAAACGAACUCAUUUCUUAAAAUUGAAGCGAUAAAUUUCAAUUUUAAAAAUAAUAGGUUAUUGAAAACUAUUACAUAUUCAAUAUUAUAUCGUAGCAUUUGCUAGUAAGAGCUUGAGAGUGCUAAAAAUUUUAUUUACAAGAUUUUAAACUUUUUGAACCCAAAAUCAAAAAGAUUUGAAUAAUAAAAUAUACUUCUGAGGCAAAUUUUCUUACACUUUUUAUGUAUCUUGAUAAUUGAUAAUUAAUAGUAAGCAAUCAUAUUCUUAAAUAAAAUUUUUAGUUUUGAGUCCAUUUCUUCAUUAAUAUUAGAUUACAUGAGUUAUUCAGCCUAAAAAAUGCUCAAAUUAUAAAAUCUAAAUAAAACUGAAUAUGAACAGAUAGAUUGCUUAGCAAAUGGAUAUAAUUCAAACUUAUUUUUAUCUGAUCGCAGUGAUAAUUUUAAAAAUUUUCCACUUAGAAAUAAAAUUAGUUCCUCAUUUGAUAUAAUAUUUAUUCAUUUCGAAUAAUAAAUAAACUAAAAACCAAAUUAGGCAAUUUACUUUGUCUUUAAUCCUAAUGACAGGCUUCAAGCUUUAUAUUCCAAACAUAAUAGUAAUAAUAAUUUGUUUUGA